AGGACUGUUUAUAGAUCAGCAAAAGUAAUUAGUAUUAUAAUGUACAAUUGAUUAUUAAAUAGUGUUAUGUAAAAACAGCGACCACAUUGUGUUUUUUCUGUUUUUGUGGUUCGGAAGAAAUGUUUAAUCCUGAUUUAAGUGAUUACCAGCUCACCUCUAUUGUAACAGAAUGUUGCGGGGGUAUGGCCGUUGUUUACUCGGCUCUCUACAAGCCCGAUAACCAGAAUGUGGCCAUUAAGCGGUAUUUUGUCGAUAAGUCGAAGGAAAAUGCGAAUUUGAUUCAGCAAGACAUUUUAACACGAAAAGAACUGCAGCACCAAAAUAUUCUCCCAUACCUCACAUCAUUUGUGCACGGCCGAGAACUCUAUGUUGUAUCUCCGCUUAUGAACCUGGGUUCCUGUCGGGAUAUCCUGGACCAGUACUUUCACGAGGGACUUCCAGAACUUGCCUGUGCUAUUAUAUUAAGAGAUGUACUACAGGCAUUACAGUAUUUGCAUAAGCAACUCUACAUACAUAGGAGCGUACGCGCCAGUCACGUUCUCCUGAACACAAACGGCAACGUGCGCUUGUCGGGUCUGCGCAGCGCGGGCAGCCUAAUGGUGCGCGGGCGCAGACAGAAGCAGCUCCACAACCUGCCGCCACCCGACAGCGACAACGCCAACUUGAUGUGGCUCAGUCCAGAAUUAUUAGAACAGAACCUAAAGGGCUACGACGAGCGAUCCGACAUCUACUCCCUGGGCGUGCUGAGCUGCGAGUUGGCCAACGGGGCUGUGCCCUUCGCGGACGUGCCAACGACGCUCAUGUUCACGGAGAAGGUACGCGGCAGCCGCCCGCAGCUCUUGGACUGUUCCACCUUCCCGGAGCCGUGUCUUGACGAUGGUGAGAUGAAGAGUGAGUACAAUACUUUAUAUAGACGUUAUUCCCUAACACAGUGGGUAGCGUUCUGGUACUUUUCUACCGGCGAGGCGUCAAGAGACGAGGAGAGACGAGAAUUGAAAUCACGUCGGCUUAUUUCCCACAGAAAAAUACGCGGCUGA